GAGUGUCAAGUCAUCACCAGCCUCAGUCGAUGGGUCUAUUAGAGGGUUCUGAUUCUAUUAGGGACUCUACUACAACAACAACAGGGCAGACUACUCCCUUAGCGAUGGAUCGAACGAUAGCCACUGGGGAAUCGGGACAAGGAGUGAUUACAGGGGAGGGCUUGGGGCAACCACAGGACAAUAGAUCGAAGUCUGAGGGAAGGAGUCUUGCUAUUCGAGAAGCUGAGCAAAACUACGGCAGCGAUGCUCGAGGCAACGGAGAAGGGCGGCAAUCCCAAGGGGAGAUGAUGUCGGUCCAGCAGCAGCAGCAGCAGCAGCCUCAGCCGGUUCAACGCCAACUCACUCAAGAGGAACAACAGGGGAUCAUCAUUGCUCAUCAUCAACAACAACUUCUAAUGAUGCAGCAACAGUUCAGAGGAGCUGAAUCGUACGGAGUCGCGUUGGAUGGGCAGCAAAUGAAUGCUGUUUUUGCUACUGGACAGGGGAUCGGUUAUCAGCUCCCAUCAGCGUUCCUUGUGGGAGUCUUAGGGAAUGAACAUCAUCAUCAACAACAACGGUAUCAUCACAAUAUGGGUGGUUUCGGUACGCUGAAUCCUAGUACAACUAUUCAGUCGGAGAAAGCACGGCAGACCGAGGGUAGCUGGCAGUGUGAACUAUGUGGCAAUAUCAACUACGCCAGCAGACGCUUCUGCAAUAUGAAUAAGUGCCACGCCCCGAGACCUUUGGGAGAAUGGCGAUGUGUCUGUGGUAAUAUUAAUUAUCGGAACCGUUCUGUUUGUAAUAUGCGGAAGUGUGGUUUGCCGCGGCCGAUGGACCUCCAAAGUCCAGCAUUGCUUUACAAUCAGCGCGCGGUAGAGUCAGCACAGCUACAACAGCAGCAACAAGCCGGAUUUUCUGAACAUAAUGCGGUUCCAACAGUGCCGUUACCGCAGACCGUGGAGGAAGGAGUGUUAUUGGCACACCAGCAACAGAUGACUGGGAUGUGGGUGUGUUCGGCAUGCAACAACGUCAACUACCCUCACAGGACUGUGUGCAAUGGUCACCGUUGCAAGCGACCGCGACAGGAAGUUGACCCAGUGUAUGCACAACAACUUGGCGCGGUAUAUGGCAGCAGUGGCAACAAUCAGUCUCCGAUGCUUAUACCCAGUGCAGCUGGCCCUUUCUCUCCUCCUCUCACUGGUAGUAUGGAUGCUCGGCAUGGAGUAGUGGCAGGAGAUGCGAUACCCGAAGGAUCCUGGACGUGCUUGGAGUGUGGCAAUUUGAACUAUCCUCGUCGUCCUUUCUGUAAUAAGCGAGGUUGCGGUGCAGCCAGGCCGGAAGGUCAUGGAGAAUAG